GGAAAAUAAAUGUAUAGCUAUGUAUAUUAUGUUGUGUAUAGACAGUAUAUGAGUAUAACAUGUGUACAGUACUUUAGUAGUUAUGUAGGAUGUGUACAUUCAUCAGUAUAUUGGGUCCAAGCAAGGCUUUCGGCCAAGGAUGUAGUUAACUAUCAUUUAUAACUUAGCUACGAAAUUGUUUUUCACGUCUGGUUGAUAGGUAGCAAGCGACAUUAUUCUGGUCAGUGUAUUCUGUACCUAAGAGCAUCGAAUAAAGCCAAGUUUCCUCUCAAAUCAAACUUCCAGUAGUAUUGCUGGUGUUGGCUGCACGAGACAUCAAAAGUUACAUAUUGAGCAUGUAGAAUAUAACUAGCCAUCUAGCGUGGAACUCCUACUCGCUAGCUAACUGUGGGGGUUAGUAACGAAACAUUGUGAGAUCAAUAUAACACAAGAUAGUAAUCUGGUGACUUUUAAAAGAAUCGCUAACGCUUCAGAUAAGCAAAGCUUGUAUGCAUGGGGAUUUGUUAGAUAGCUACAGUGUAGCCAGACGUGAUUACUGUAGAUAGCUAGCUUGCACGCACUUUCCACCACCCUGUGUUGACUUAUUAACCAACAAUGUCGAAUGCUCAGCUCAUAUGGGCCUUACAAAAGUAAUAUGAUCAAUAUGUCAACAGACUUUGGUAACAUCUACUCAAACUCUCAUGUACGUUUGCAAUUUUGUCAUAAUCCGCUGUUAUCCGACAGAGGGAGCUCGAAUGACGUGUCACUCGUGUACUGUCUCCCUCAGCACCUGACAGCUUCCUUCCAUUGACGGGGCAGCCCUCUGCACCAUCUUCAUCUGUUUGAGAACUUGAAUGUCAGUUUUGUGAGGGACAAGGUGCAUCAGGCUUGUUGAAAGGGAUUCAUUUUCUAAAUCCUCAGUUGUCUUCUGCACCCAAAAAUCCAUUAAUUAUAGGUCCAGAGCCGCAUAGGCAACACUUUGUUUUUUUUUCAUGCAUACAAUAUCCUGCACGUGCCAGUAAUAACCACACGCCAUGCCAAUGGAGACCGCUUUGGCAGGGAACACAGAGGAGUGGAUGUUGUCAGUGUUGUUUAGACUGGUUUCUCUGUGAAUCAAGAAGACAUUUGAUGGUUUACUGACAUGUUGCCUUAUCCUACCUUGCUUUGAAGGUUACUAUUGUAAGUGUGUAUGCUUAAAUUCUCAUUAAAGGCCCUGGUGGUGGCUCCCUAAAAGAAGGGCCCUAGAGGCUUCAUUGUUGUUUGACAAAGAUCUCUAUUGGGCAGAGACUGUCAAAGAGAGAGCCUGACCUAACUUGGCUCUAUGCUAGUUGUUUCGGCCAUUUGCCGGCAUUUUGGAUGAGAGUAUUGGAAAACAUUAGUCGAGAGAUUAACCUUAAAAUGAUCAUUCAACAAAUGAUUUAUUUACAGAAGUAAAACAUUUGCUAAAGAGAGUUGUAUUGAUUAUACAAGAAAGUCAGACUGGUGUGGGUAAACGGGGAUACCGCUGGAGAGUUUCACCUCUUGCUCAUUGUUAGCCAGGAAAGCUAGUUCUUUCCUGCAGUCUUUCCUUUCCCUCUGACUGACAGAUGUUGGGCCUCAGUGAGCAUGCUCAGCACUGAGUUGAGCUCUGCUGCUCCUGCUGUAUAGACGGGGUACUGAUCAGAGCAGACAACUAGGCCUCUUUGGCCUUCACAGGAACCACCCACUCUUAUGGCGUCAGCUCAGCUCCUUGAAGGCACGGCCUCUCUGUUGCUUACAGACAAAGUAUGGUACACCUCCAAGAAGAUCUUUCUUUUAGAACAGCAGGGCUCCAUCUGAGCAUGCCCAGUAAGGGCCAUGGCAGAGCUUUCUUCUGAGAGUUGGUCAUGUGACCUGAGCUGGGACGCUGCAUGUGUGGAAAGCUAGAUGUUGGAGUGUGGAGCACAACUCUCGCCCUCUCCCUCCCCCAUUAAUGGACACUCACUGCUUUAUCCAGCCCACAGGUCUGGCCAAAGGCAGAGUGGUUAAAGGGGAGUCCAUGGAGGAUGGGAUGGAGUCACCUGGGGACCGAGUGGAGGAGGGAAAUGUAUCGCGAGACGAGGAGGUAGCUGCCAGACUGCGGUCCAGUCCCAGAGCAGAGGCGGAGCUAAAUGGGACCUAUGAGAGUGCAGAGUUGGGGAACAGACACAGGAACCCCACCCCCCUGGUCUCCCAGGCCAACGGGUCACAGGUGGCUAUAGAGAAUGGGAUGAUGGAGACGGACCUGCCUCACGGCUCCACCACCGGUAGUAAUGGAUACAUCCUCAGCAAGCAGCAGCAGGAGGGGGGGUCUUCGACGGGCUCGACGGCUGCCCCACACAGGACUAGCUGGUUGCCCUCAGGCACCACCAUGAUUGAACACGCCGCCAAAACUUUCCCGUCUUUGGCAGCCGGGAGCGGCCACAGUCUGGGCGCAAUAAGGACUGACACCCAGCAUGCCGGGUCCCCGUCGGGACAGGGGACCUCAGACGCAGAGACUAAAAACGGCAUGUCUGCUAGCGACUCCCCCGCCCCCUCCCCGCAGUCCAUCGCCAUACACAGAGCACGCAAAACCAUGUCCAUGCCAGCAUCCAACCAGACACUAAAGCUUCUAAACAGGAAAUUUACAGAACCAUACGGUGCAGACGAGGAGAGUCAGAAUGGACCGGAGGAGGAGAAGUCCCAGCAGACGUCCCCCUCCCAGAACCAGUUACCUCCGAGCCAAAGCGACGUGCCGGCUGCAGCAACGGCCAAGUCCCAGACAGCAUCGAGGAAGAAGAAACGGAAGAUGGGAACAUACAGUCUGGUCCCUAGGAAGAAAACCAAAGUGCUGAGGCAGGGGGCGGUGCUGCAGAUGUUUAGUCAACUUCAAUCAACUCAAAGUGCACAGUCUAAAGAGGUAUCACACGUGAACGGGGAAAGGGUGGAGAACGAGUCAGAGGAAGGGUGGGAGGAUGGAGAGGAGUGGGAGGAAGAGGUGGAGCAGGGUGGAGAGGGUGUCCCCACAGCCCUGGAGAAGAUUGAAACAUCAGGCCCUGCCCUUCAGGGGGAGCUGGGAGAGGAGCCGGACUCUGAGGAAUCAGCUGAGGAGGAAGGGGAAGAAGAGGGGAACGAGUCAGACUUGAGCUCGGAAUCCAGCGUGAAGAAGAGGUUGACAAAGAAAUCAAAGGGAGACUACUUCUGGCUCCGGCCAUCCAGGAAACGGAAAAGGAAGCCCAAGUCUGAGGGACUCCCUGGCACAGGGCCCCAGGGCCAGGCAGGCCUCAGUAAGGACUACACAGAGGUUCCCCUCCACUCACUCAACCUUAAAGCCAAAGAAAUGCUGCUCUCCCCACAGCACAUAGGAGUUUCUGGGGGUGUGGAUGAAGACAUGGUGCAGGAGCUACCCCUCUGCAGCUGUCGCAUGGAGACACCCAAGAGCCGGGAGAUCCUCACACUGGCGGACAGGAAAUGCAUGGCCACGGAGAGCGUCGACCGACAGCUAAGCAGAUGUCAGAGUGCAGUUCUAAAGCAUGAGAUGAUGCGUCCUUCGAAUUCGGUGCAGCUGCUGGUGCUGUGUGAGGACCACCGGGCCGGCAUGGUCAAGCACCAAUGCUGCCCCGGCUGUGGCUUCUUCUGCAGGGCUGGGACCUUCAUGGAGUGCCAACUGGAUGUCAACAUCUCCCACCGUUUCCACCGGGCCUGUGCCUCGGUGCUGAAGGGCCAAACCUUCUGUCCACACUGUGGAGAGGAGGCCAGCAAAGCCAAGGAGGUCACCAUUGCCAAGGCCGACACCACCUCCACCAUGCCCGCCACAUAUGCUGCACACAGCCCUGCCACCCCCGGGGCUACAGAGGGCAGGGCAGACACCACCACUGGGGGUCUAUCCUGUUCCUCUGUGGGAGGUGAUAUAAGUGGCCGAGCAGACAGCUCUCUCUCCAUCCCCCCUGGGCACACACUGGACACCUCCUUCCCUGGGGCCUCCAGAACCGGAGUACUUACUCCUGCGGUGGGGAUUGGGAUGGGCAUUGGGAUGAGCACCACCCCUAAAGAGACCUUGGAGAGCAUCCUGCUGGCACUGGACACAGAGAAACCCAAGAAGCUGCGGUUUCACCCCAAGCAGCUGUUCAUCUCUGCUAAACAGGGCGAGCUACAGAAGGUCCUUCUCAUGCUGGUGGAUGGGAUGGACCCUAACUUUAAGAUGGAGAGCCAGAGCAGACGCACCCCCCUCCAUGUAGCAGCUGAGGCAGGCCACCAGGAGAUCUGUCACCUGCUGGUUCAGGUGAUGGUUGGCUAUGGUUCCCCCUGGCAGUGGAUGAGUGAUGGGUCUGGUGCUAACCUGGACAUCUGUGAUGAGGACCAGCGCACACCCCUGAUGGAGGCCUGUGAGAACAACCAUCUGGAGACAGUCCGCUACCUACUGAGUGCAGGAGCCAUCGCCAGCCACAAGGAUGUGGAGGGGUUCACGUGUCUCCACCUAGCUGCUAAGAUUGGGCAUUACAACAUUGUGGAGCAUCUCCUCUCCACAGGACUCAUAGACAUCAACUGUCAGGACGAUGGCGGUUGGACGGCCAUGAUCUGGGCAACGGAGUAUAAGCACCUAAACCAGGUGAAGCUGCUUCUCAAUAAAGGGGCAGACAUCAACAUCAGGGACAAGGAGGAGAACAUCUGUCUCCACUGGGCUGCAUUCUCUGGCAGUGUGGAGAUUGCUGAGCUCCUCCUAGAGGCCAAGUGUGAUCUCCACGCUGUCAACAUCCACGGAGACUCCCCUCUGCACAUCGCCGCACGGGAGAACAGGCUUGAAUGUGUCAUACUAUUGCUGUCUCGUGGGGUGGAUGUCAACUUGAAGAACCGUGAGGGGGAGACCCCGCCGGACUGCUGCAGCCGCAGCUCCAGGGUGUGGCUCACCCUUCAGACAAACAGGAGGAUUAGGGAGGCCAGGAGCAGCACCCAGGGGGAGAAGGUCCUCAACAGUCUAACACUGGGAGUCCACUGGGACCUGAGCCUCCAUCUCCCUCCACACUACAGAGACAUAGCCCGGGGGUAUGAGAGAGUUCCAGUCCCCUGUGUCAACUCGGUGGAUAGUGAGCCCUGUCCAGACAACUAUAAAUACGUGCCAGACAACUGUGUCACCUCCCCCGUGAACAUAGACAAGAACAUCACACACUUACAGUACUGUGUGUGUAAAGACAACUGCUCCUCAAGCAGCUGCAUGUGUGGCCAGCUCAGCCUACGCUGUUGGUAUGACAAGAAUGGUCGUCUGCUCCCCGAGUUCUAUCGUGAGGAACCGCCACUUAUCUUCGAGUGUAACCACGCCUGCUCCUGCUGGAGAACAUGCAAGAACCGUGUGGUGCAGAACGGACUGAGGGUCCGGCUCCAGCUGUUCCGGACCAGUCGGAUGGGCUGGGGGGUCCGGACACUACAGGAAAUUCCUCAGGGGACCUUUGUGUGCGAGUACGUGGGGGAGAUCAUCUCUGAUGCAGAGGCAGAUGUCAGGGAAAACGACUCCUACCUGUUCAACCUGGAUAGCAAGGUGGGUGACGUGUACUGCAUAGAUGCCCGUUUCUAUGGCAACAUCAGCCGGUUCAUCAACCACAUGUGCGAGCCGAACCUAUUCUCCUGCCGGGUGUUCACGGCACACCAGGACCUGCGCUUCCCCCAUAUCGCCUUUUUUGCCUGCGAGACCAUCAAGGCUGGGGAAGAGCUAGGGUUUGACUACGGUGACAAUUUCUGGGACAUCAAGGGAAAGCACUUUAGCUGUGAGUGUGGCUCUCCCAAGUGCAAGCACUCAGCAGCGACCAUCGCCCUGCGCCAGGCAGACAGCUCACCCCUGGACCAGCAGUCCAGCGCCCUCCCUGACACCAGCUCCUCCACCACCCCUUUCUGAGCCCCCUCUCUCACUCCCACAAAAAGGACUUCCAGACCAGUGGAGAUACGUCUCCAUUCCCCCAAACAGCAACGUCCACCCCUAGGCCGUACGUCCCCAGACGCCCCCACCUCCAUCCCCAGUUGAAUCAUCACCUUCAGGCCUGUGGAGCCCAUCACUGAGACCUAAAAUCAACCCCACAGAAACCCACCUGCUUUAUGUCUCAACCAGCUCUAACAUCUCCUCCUUACCAGCACAAACUCUGAGCUUCUGCUGAAACUCACCCUCAGUGAAGGGCAUAUUGGACAGGAAGCCAGUCUGUUUGAUUGACGUGUGUCCGACGCACUAUAAACAACUUUUAUGAGAAGAAAAAAACACUACUAUGAGCCUGGCUCUUGUUUUGUUGUUUCCCAUUGUCAUUCUCAAACCGGCUUUGUGCUCAGUUUUGGGUAAUGGUGUUUCCUGGCCCUUGGUCUAAAUUAAGUUUGUACUAAGCAACAAUGUAUAUCUAUCCAUGAAAAAUCUUUCCACUGUGCAAAAUGCAUUUGUAGCAUAGGAGUGCCCUUACCCUCUCACAUGAUACCAUAGAAAUGAGAACUGUUCAUGCACAAUUUGAGACAUUUGAUGUAUUUACCUCAUGCUAUAGUUUGAUUGCAAAGGGGACAGAGGACUUAGGUCACAAUCAUGUAUGUUUUUACUGGACUUCUCUUGAGUAUUUCUACAGGAAAAUAAUUGUCAGUGCUAGAUAUCAUUAUCAAUUAUGAAAACAAAUACUUUAUAUUCAAAUCUGUUAUAUUCCGUUACAUUUAGUCAAGUGUAUUGUAUGCAGAAUCAGGUUAUGGAAAGACCUUUUGAUAAUGAUCAUGAGUACAAAGAAGUUCCAUUUGAAGUCAAUGAGAAUACUAACCAAUCAUCUCACUGUUCUGUUUAGAGGGGCGAAAUAAAGUUGACACUGUCCAGUGAAGGCAGUUGCAAUCUGUUUUGACCACAAAGGAGUGGCAGAUUUUCUGUCACUUCUGGCAUGAAUUACUCUUCAACACAAUGGUCCUUUUCUAUGAAAUACUUUUCUUCUGGAAACAGUAUGUGCGUAUAUGAAACAUGGUGUGACAUCAAAUAGCCCAACUGUAAGGGUGUCAAGAUUGCAAAAGGGUUGAGGUGGGAGUUGACUAAGCUGUACAGUUAGUUAUGUACUAUACUGUACCUACAAAAUGAAAGCAGGUGUAUUUUUUUUUUCUUUUUUUAUCUGCAGGAUUUUUAAGCAUGUUUAUGGCUGACACCUUGAAUAUUAAGUUUUAAAUACAUUUUACAAUUCUGGAGGGACUGCAUUGGGGUUGAAUGUUAAUGAGGUGAGAUGCAAGCAAAUUCUGCUGGCAAUGUUUUAUUUUCCUUUUAUUGAUUUUUGCAUUGUACAAUUAAGCAAAUUUCUUUUUUUUUCUUUUUACAUUUAACUUCAGUUUUCUAUCUGUAGUUACUGUAGUUUAGCUUGUUUAAAUUUUGUUACACUAUUUCAUAUUGAUGGAAACCUACACAUUAUUCCUAUGUAUUUAAUGUGGUUAGUACAGUAGUGACUCUUGUGCACAUUUUCAAAUGUAUGAAUAUAAAAAGGUUAUACAAAAUUAUUUACUUUCUGUUACAUAUUUCUGGACUGUGAAACAUCCAUCUAAUUGGUUGUAUCUUUCUUUUUCAAUAAAUUUACUACUAAUGGA